AUGGCCAAUGUCAUCUACGCUACCGUGUCUGUAUCAAGUGUGAACUGCGUGCAAGAGAAUGUUCGUCCUACGGUCAUUGCGGUUGAUGAGGCGGGACGCGUUGCAGAGCCGAAGUUUUGGCUGAUGCUGGUCGAGUUUCAGCCGAUAGCAUGCCUACCACGCCCUUCUCUGCGGGACACACGAUCCACGAGACAUCGGCAACCUAACGUUGGACAUACACCGACUACCUCUCCGCGCGCCUGUACAGGCCAGUGCAAGGUGGCGAUCGUGUUAAACAAGCCAUCUGACCCUCGAAAGGAGACCAGGAUCACGCCGGACGGCCCUCGAACCCCUCCUAAUACCACUAUCAUGCCGAACUGGGACGACACGGCGUCUACUGGCUCCGCUGUUGACCGGGCAGAGGAAACAACGGAGGAGACCAAGAAGAAGACAACGGAAACAAAGGAUAAGAAGCGCGCGCCAGAUCAUCGACCUGACGAGGGCGGAUGA